AAUGGUACGUCAGCGAGGUCAACGGGAAGUGUCAUGUCAGCCUCCAGUACGGCGCUUCGUCCGGCGGCAGCGAUGCUCGGCCUGUCUAUUAGAGAGGUGUCCCGGGCACUGAGGGAUGGGAGGGUGUCUGCCACUGAACUCUGCAGGAAAUGCAUCAACCAGAUACAAAGGACACGUUAUCUGAAUGCAUUUAUCACCAUUACAGAGGAGACGGCUAUGGAGCAAGCACAGAGAGCAGACAACAGACUCCGCACAGGUAAACCUCUUGGUCCCCUGGAUGGCAUUCCUUUCUCUGUGAAAGACAACUUCUGCACAGAAAACAUUGAGACUACCUGUGCUUCAAGCAUGCUAAAAGGUUAUGUUCCUCCAUUCAAUGCUACAGUUGUGCAGAAGCUGUUGGAUCAAGGAGCAGUUCUUGUUGGAAAAACUAAUUUGGAUGAGUUUGCAAUGGGAGCUGGAAGUACAGAUGGGGUGUUUGGUCCAGUUCAUAACCCAUGGAGCUACACAAGCCUAUACCGUGAGCAGUGCACAGGAGAUCCAGAUUCUGACUGGGCCAUCACAGGAGGGAGUUCAGGAGGUAGUGCUGCAGCAGUGGCGUCUCUCAGCAGCUUCCUAGCCUUGGGGUCUGAUACAGGAGGUUCUACACGAAACCCUGGUUCUCUCUGUGGGGUCGUGGCUCUGAAGCCCACGUACGGCCUGCUCUCUCGUCACGGACUCAUCCCUCUGGUCAACUCAAUGGAUGUGCCCGGAAUCAUGACAAGGAGUGUCCAUGAUGCUGCCACGGUCUUAAGGAUCCUGCAGGGCCGAGAUGAGAGAGACUCAACAACUGUUGAGGCACCCAGCACCCCACCCAGCCUUCCUGAGCACUUUGACAUUAGAGACAUAUGUGUCGGCAUACCAAAGGAAUAUCACGCCCCGGGCCUGUCUAAAGACAUUCUGUCCCAGUGGAGUCGAGUCGCAGCCAUGUUUGAGCAGGCAGGGGCGAGGGUACAAGAAGUAUCUCUGCCACACACACAGCACUCUAUCGUCUGUUACCAUGUCCUGUGUUGCUGUGAGGUUGCAUCCAACAUGGCACGUUUCGAUGGGCUUGAAUAUGGCCAUCGUAGUAAAGUCGACAGCUCCACAGAUGCCAUGUACGCCACCACACGACAUGAAGGCUUCAACAAUGUGGUUCGCCGAAGAAUACUCUCAGGAAACUACUUCCUUCUGAAAUCGAACUACGAGCGUUACUUUGUGAAAGCUCAACAAGUGCGGCGUCUUAUCGCUGAAGAUUUUAAAAAUGUGUUUCGCUCUGGCAUAGAUGUUGUCCUUACACCCACAACGCUGAAUGAUGCAGCACGCUACUCUGACUUCAUACAGGAAGACAACCGCACGCGCAGUGCUCAGGAAGAUGUCUUCACCCAACCUGUCAACAUGGCAGGUUUGCCUGCUGUCACGGUACCAACAGCCCUCUCACACAGAGGUCUUCCCAUCGGCCUGCAGCUGAUUGGUCAGACACUACAGGACUGGAAGUUGUUGACCGUAGCCCACUGGAUGGAACAAAAUGUAAAUUUUCCAACGAUCCAUCUACAUGGAGAAUCAAAUGAGAGCGAGUUGAACCGAUCAGUCAGAGAAAGGACACAUACAAUCGGAUCAUAACCAAAAUGAGGAGUAGAGUACCGAGGAAAUAAAACCUGUGAGGGUUCUAUUUAGUGUCUAGGUUCAUAAGAAGUAAGAAUGUGAGUGUGAAUGCUGUAUGAGCACCCACUGGAUAUAUGGGACUUGUCUGUAUUUUGGACUGUGGUCUGAGUGAUUCAUUCUCCCUUCAUGUUCUCAAAAUACAACAUAUUUAUUCUGCA